GCCCCCAUGGCGAAGAAAACCUACGACCUGCUCUUCAAGCUGCUGCUGAUCGGCGACUCGGGCGUGGGCAAGACCUGCGUGCUCUUCCGCUUCUCCGACGACGCCUUCAACACCACCUUCAUCUCCACCAUCGGGAUAGAUUUCAAGAUCAAAACAGUUGAAUUGCAAGGAAAGAAGAUCAAACUGCAGAUAUGGGACACAGCAGGUCAGGAACGGUUUCACACCAUCACCACCUCCUACUACCGAGGUGCCAUGGGAAUCAUGCUAGUGUAUGACAUCACCAAUGCCAAAAGCUUUGAAAACAUCAGCAAAUGGCUCAGAAACAUUGAUGAGCAUGCCAACGAAGAUGUGGAGAGGAUGCUGCUAGGUAACAAGUGCGACAUGGAUGACAAGAGGGUGGUGCCCAAAGCAAAAGGCGAACAGAUUGCAAGGGAGCACGGUAUUAGGUUUUUUGAAACUAGCGCAAAAGCAAAUAUUAACAUUGAGAAGGCAUUCCUCACGUUAGCAGAAGACAUUCUUCGAAAGACCCCUGUAAAAGAGCCCAACAGUGAAAAUGUAGAUAUCAGCAGUGGCGGUGGCGUGACGGGAUGGAAGAGCAAGUGCUGCUGAACGUGCUCCCUCCUCGCCAAGCGCCAUCUUCCUCCUCCUCCUCCUCUUCUUCUUCUUGCUGUGGAAUAAACCACUUUGCCCAUUUUUAACCUUAAAAAAAAAUUUUUUUUUUUUUUUGUUCCUCAUCUUAACAUGGCUCCACUCUUCCUUUGUUCUUCUGUUUCGGGAGAACUCGCUGACGAUAAUUUUUCUGGAAACUGUAUUAAAAUCAUGUCUGACUCUUCUUUUCUUUUAAUGUACCAGCUCAACUCGGCGUCACAUCCUGGUUGUAUUAUAGCCCAGUCUUAACAUUAAAACUUAGAGCAAAUCAUUUCAGCUCCAGUCUGCAAAUUGUACAAGAAUAAAACUUAGCAUUAACAGUUUAUUUUGUACAGCAGUGGGGUUUUGUUAAUGAAUUCUGUGCUUAAGUCACCAUAUUUGCAUCGGCAAAAAAGAAAUCCAUUCGCCUUGAGUAUGUAAAUGGGGUUUUAUUAUUUUGUCCUGUGCCUUAUGUGGAAAGGAACUUCGGUUCUCCCCCUCCCCCUUUUUUCCUUCUUCCCCUCUUCCUGCUCUGAUGGAAGCAGGAUGGGAGAGUUGGCCCCCCCCACUUGACUCCGCCACAUUUAAACUAUCAAACUCUCCUGUGAUGACUUUACUGUGAUUGAUGUAGUGAAUUGAGGACAAGGGGGUUAGAGCAAGAGAUUCCAGUCUGCUUGGUGUCUCCUUCUUCCCUGGGGAGGGAAGGGGGGGGGCUUUAAAUGCUGACCAGUUCCUGCUGCCAUUUUCUUUCUCUCUACCAAUUUCCUCCUUAUUUCCUUUCUCUCUCUCUCUCUUUUUUGCUUGCAUGCCGGUUUUAUUUUUUAUUUUAUGGUGUGAUGUGUUUAAGAGACGGCAACACAGUACGUUUGCCAAAUUUAAUUCGAAGCACUGAUCACGGAUUCUAGCUUUCUGAGGUAAAACGUGAAGUAUCUACUAACCUUUGUCUAGCAAACGUCAGGCCCGCUACUAUCCCCCCCCUCCCUCCUACGUAGUUAUUGGGGUUUGUGGUAAUAAUGGAAGAAUUAAUUGCAUGCACUAGUUUCCUAUGGAGGAUGGUGAUGAUGAUGUGGCUGUUGUUGAUCUUUAUGUAUGACUCUGCCAGGCGGUUCACGAAUCCACAGCCCUCGACACAGAAUUGGUUCUCUUUGCUGCUCCAGGCAGGUGACUCGGUAGCCUAGUACAUAUUUAAGACGGGUGGGGGUGGGGGAAAGAGGGCAGGUGAGUCGAAUGGUCGCACCCCUAAGAUGCUCUCCUUCUGUGUUUGAGUUCUUCACAAUAAAAAACAUCCCUUGUUUACAA